UGAUAAUGCAUUGGUUUAACUUACAUUUUUAGAAGGUCAGCCGUUCAAUCCUCACUGAAACCACUGCCUAGCUGUUGGGUGUCAAUCACAAUCACAGGUUGUCGAUCAUAAUGAUCGUUGUUCACAUCAGCACCGCCAUGCCCUAUGGCUACAGCCAUAGAUUUGAAUGCAAUUUCUAUGGCUACAGCCAAACGGAUUUGACUAAAUCCUAGGGCUAUGGCUCAAUUCAAAGACUGGAGAAUACAACCAAGUAGCUACAGUAUUUAUACCCAAAUCCAGUCUGAGUCAUAUAUACAACUAAUGAGUCAUAAGGCUAUGUACCGCAUGGAGCACUGGUCAUGGGUUGGAGUAGAACCUUCUGGAGCAUAUGUCGCGCAGCCUUGAAUCGAUAAAGAUGAUCCCCUGGACCCCUAGCCUGGAGCGUCAGAUGUCAUGAUCCAUGAUAAGAUAAGAUCGUUGAAGAUAAGAUGAAAAAGUGGUUGAACUAUGACACUGGGCAGAGUACCAAUUAGGAAGGUGCCUCCAGGAUGGCCUCCGGUCAGGGGUAGGGAGUGGUUUGAUGGCGUCUGGAGGGGUUAGUGGGGUGCUGCUCAUAGCGAGAGAAGAUGUGAUCGGGGACAGCCACCAUCACUCGCACUGUCACAAGAAGACGUGAUUAUCUCGAUCAUCACUCUCGGCUUGCUUACGACUCCCAUGGACGACCCGAAACUGCCACCGGAACUGGAACACGAUAUUUUUACUCUGCUCGCUAUUGCUGAUCUGGCUUCGAAUGCUCUUCUCCUACGUGUUGCGCACCGCGUCAAGCAGUGGGUCGAGCCGCUGCUUUACCGCACGAUCUACCGCUCUCCCUAUAUGAUGAUCAAAUUCACCAACGCGGUCUUGCACGAGCUUCUCGACUCUAAGCCACAGAAGUGCCGCGAGGUCGUGCGCCACGUGAUGUUCUACGAUGUCGCGGACGAGAUCAGCCUCCCCCUGCUCGAGAGCUGCCGGUCGAUCGAGAACAUGUGGGCGGGAGAUAGGGUGGGGAUUGAUCUGCUCGCGCUCAUCGGCGGGCUGCCGAACCUCCAAAGACUCUACUGUCCCUUCGCGGCCAUUCAGCUCAUUCCCAGGCUAAGCUUCGAUUCGGCCGUGGCGCAACCGUUCGCGCGGCUGUCCCACCUGGAGCUCAACGACACGAAAAUCCCCGGUGCCCAGACGGACGCCCACAUCGCGAUCAUCUCGUCGCUGCCGGCGCUCUCGCACCUCGCACUGAACGGGUUGGCCUUCCACGGCCUGCGCCUGGCGCUGCGCGUCUUGGAGCGGUGCCCGCGCCUUCGCGUGCUGGCGAUCAUACACUGGCCCACUUUCGACUCGUCAGGUCAUCUGCUGUACGAGGUGCCAGGCGCACGGAGGGAGGUGUUCGAGGAGAACCUGCGGCUGGUGUGUGUGUUCAAGCGCCGGGAUGCCCACGACUGGCUCGCGGGGACCCGGAACGAGCCUGAUUUCUGGGAGCACGCGGAUAGGCUGGUCGCACUAAGGCAGACUAGGGCUGAUGAAGCUCGCUCGUAUGUUGUCCUCCUGCCCGAUGCAAGUUCGAGCGAUAUUGCGGCGGAUGAAGCCCUACGUCGCGCUCAUCUCGCGUCCUUUAAGUAUGAGAUCUCGUCAUCUGAUCCAGGUGUAUGCGUUCCUAAUGGCGUAACUAGACCCCAAUCUCCCCAGUCCAUUCGGACCGCCUACCGGCGUUGACGCCCUGCGAUCAUUCACGAACUUGCAUAGAACCACCAUUGAUGGGACAAUCGACACGCACUUUCCACCCCAACGGGUACAUUCCCGAAUCCCUCCGGCUUCCCCGUCUGCACCACGACCUGCGUGUCCUCGAACAGCUGCUCGUUGCGGUGCUCAAUCGCAAUGCUGCCCGUUCCGCAGAAUACGCGCGUUACUGCCGGAGCCUCAAUCAGAUGAUCUCUGAGCACCGCAUGGUCUGGAACGCAUGCAUGUUGCAGGAGAGCGCCCUGCUAGUUCGGUCACUUCAGUGAUGCCCGUAGCGUAAUAGACACAUAAUCCUGCAGACUAAUACAACCAUCUUCGACCCAGUUCAAUAGCCUGUAGGAUUAUGGCUUAGAUUAUCAAAGGAUUAUGACACAGACAACAGUUGCAUGAUCAAAUGAUCAAGUCGAC